AUGCAAAGGCCUGCCCCUUGCUACUGUGAUGUUGGGAGGCCUUCUAUCAAUGAAAGAGAAGACCCAAUUCUCAUGGCAAAAGAAAACUCAAAAGUCAAAUCAAGUGAAUUGAUCCGGCUGUGGAUUGCUGAAGGAUUUGUACAAACUAGGGGAGCAGAAACACUGGAAGACCUGGCCGAGGACUACUUAUACGAGCUCAUCCAAAGAAACAUGAUUCAAGUGGAUAAAAGGGACAGGCUAGAUGGAAGAGUGAAGUCUUGCCGCAUGCAUGAUUUCCUUCGAGACCUCGCCAUUUCAGAGGCCAAAGACGCCAAACUCUUUGAGGUACAUGAAAACAUUGAUGUUAGAUAUCCUAUUAGCUCUCGUCGGCUUAGCAUUCAACAGAGUCUUAUUAAGAAAAAUAUAUCUCAGCAUUUGCAUAACUCACGCCUCCGGUCAUUGAUUUUUUUGUCUGAACCCUUGCAAGAAAACAGUUGGACAUAUUUGCAAGAACACGUCAAAUUACUUCAGGUGUUGGAUUUAGGAGUGUACCAGUAUCAGAAUAUUUACACGCUCCCAAGAAAAGUAGGAGAACUCAUAAACUUGAAAUAUUUGUGUUUAAGGGGGGCUGGGAAUAGAAUAAGGCUUCCAACACCCAUUGUUAGGCUCGUUAAUUUGCAGACUCUCGACUUAGACGGCAAUCUUCUAUGUCUUCCUUGCAAAAUCUGGAAACUACAGCAAUUGAGACAUUUAAACUGUCCUGGUGGGAUAGUUUCAAGGAAGCCAUUUACAGAGAGGUUCUUCAUUAAUGGUGAUUUGGGUGUCCAUCAAUUGACUAACCUUCAAACAUUAGCUUUACAAGGGGGCGAAUGGUUGGAGGGUGAUGGCUUAGGGCAACUGACCCAGCUCAGGCAGCUCAAGAUAAUGGGAGGCUUGACUCCUUAUUUGAAGGAGGGGUUUUUCAAAUCUAUAGCCCAAUUGACAGCACUAGAAAACCUGAAGCUCAUAAACUUUUCUUCUAAAAGGAAAACAAUAGUCUCUGGUUUCAUGUCCUUCUCACACCACACCCGUCUCCAAAAAUUGGUUUUAGGAGGAAGGCUCGAGAAAUUACCAGUAGAUACUGGGUUCUACCCUCCAAACCUCCUGCAACUCAAGCUGUGGGAGACUGAGUUGGAACAAGAUCCAAUGUCGAUUCUAGGGGAGCUCCCAAACUUGAGGAUUCUCAAAUUACUCUGGAACUCGUAUGUAGGAAAGAAAAUGAAUUGCUCGGAGGGAAGGUUCCACCAACUUGAGUUCCUGCAUAUGGAGCAUCUGUCCAAUCUGGAGGACUUCACUGUAGAGGAAGGGGCAAUGCCUAAGCUGAGGACUUUACAGAUGGAGUGGUUCUGGAAAAUGAAGAAGUUUCCUGAUGGGCUGUUAGGGCUAAGAAAUCUGCAGGAACUGAACCUCCUCCAUUGCUCCAAUGAAUUGUUGAAAGAGGUUUUCCAGACACAAGGAGAAGAUUGGAAUAGGAUCCGUCUUAUCACCUCCCAGACACAUCCAAUUUCGGAUAACACCAGCUUCAUCCUCCUUGAUGACACUGGCUUUCACUGAUUCUCUCCUCGUGUACAAGUUCAUGAUAAUAUUUGUAUGUAUCUGAUUUUUUUUUCCCCUGAAAUUUUUAUGAAAAUGCCGAUCUGCAGGGGUUUUACAUGUUAUUCUCAUAAGUGCAAUUGACAAUGUAACAUUAAAUUGAGGUAAACAUGUGAAGUAAAUAUGAUCCCCUCCAAAUAAAUAUCUCAUCCCAGUAUUUUGA